CCGGCAGUCGCGCGCGCUGCGCCCCCCUCCGAGCCCGCUCCCGCCGCGCACCGCCGCGGCGCCGCCAGCCGCACCACCGCCACUGAAUAACAGAAAACUACCACCGCCAGCGUCCGCGAACUGUCCACGCUCCACUAAUGCUGUAACUGUGAUAUUUGUACAAAGUCCGCGCUCCUCCGGUCCGCCGACGCUGGCCAUGCGGGUACACAACGCGAGGGCCGGACCCCACUCGCAGCCUCCCGUUACACGCGCCACUAGCACGCUGUUAUGAGAGACGUUCAGAGCGUACCUGAUUCAUGUACAAAAAUGUUCGAUAUGUCAAUUCAAGAAGUGAACGGGAAAGGACCUAAAAAGAGGAAAAAGUCAUUAGAGCGUAUCUGUGAUAAUGAGGAGCGCGGAGCAGAGGCGGCGGCGGAGAGCGCGCCGGAGGAGCAGAGCGGCGGCGCUGCGCCGGGCGGCGUGCGGCUGCUGCACUGGCGGGACAUGCCGCAGCACCUGCAGUUCAACCCCUACGUGCUCACCGGCUACCGCCCGCUGCAGAGCUGGGCCGGCUGCGUCGGCAGCCUCUUCUACUUCCACAACGAGACCAUCAACAUCCUCACUCAUGGAGUAUCUCUAGUGUACAUCCUGAUGGUACUGCCCGGGUUGCUGCCGUGGCGCAGUGGGCCGGGCGCCUGGUUCCUCUCGCUGUGCCACCUCCUCGGAGCCCUGGCGCCCUGGUGCGGCUCGUUCCUCUAUCACCUGUUCAUGAACCACACGCGCGGGGAACAGCUGUACCAGCGGCUGCUGCAGCUCGACAUGCUGGGGAUCUGGGUCAGCCAGAGUAUAGGAGCGAUCCCGAUGGUGACGGCGACGGUGUACUGUGCGCCGGCGCCGCUGCGGUACCUCGCGCUCGCUGUCUACAGCCUCGGCAGUCUGCUCGGACUCUAUAAGGCGAUGCGCGCAUGGUCACCGUGGGAGCGGCGACUGUGCUUCGCAGCACCUUUCUGCAUGCGAGUGCUGCUGGCCGGCGCGCGCGCAGCCCGCCUCGGCGGCGGCGACCCGCACGCUAUACUGCACGUCUUUCUGCAGGACGCCGUAUCCCUGGGCGGCGGCGUGAUCGGGGCCAUGCACAUUCCGGAGAAGUGGUUCCCGGGCACGGUGGACCGCUGCCUCAACUCGCACAACAUCAUGCAUGUGCUGGUCGUGCUGGCCGUCUACUCCAUGCACCAGGUAACAACGCGCGACAUAGAGUGGAUGUCUCGCGUGGACUGCCGCGCGCCGCUGCGCACUCUCUGACGGCCCGCGCGCGCCUCUCCGCGCCGCGCCGCGCCCGCGCCGCCUCGCCGCUCAUCGCCUCCGUCUACUCACCUCUACUCACUUCUACUGAACUCACGCACGCUAUGUUAAGGCUUCCUAAGCUGUUCGGACUUCCACAACUGUCAUUGUACAACCGUAAGACCAAACGAGUGGACUAUUCUUUAAUGAUAUUCAUAAAAUCGGGUUUUAACAACCAAUUUCGGUUUUAUUUGCCAAAAUUAUGCAAAUAAAUUGUCCAAAUAAUACUUUGUUAUAAAAGUUUAAACAGGAUUUAAUAACGCAGUAACUUCAGUUGCGUUUAUAAUAAAAUAAAA